AUGUCUCCCAGCGCCCCUCCAAUUCUUGAUUUCUCCGUGUUCUACGGCGGCGAUAGCGCUGCAAAGGCACAGCUCGUCGAACAAAUCCGCGAAUGCUGUCUGUACAACGGCUUCUUCCAGAUCACGGGUCACCGCGUACCGCGCGAGCUCCAGCAGCGCGUCAUGGCCUGCACGAAACGAUUCUUUGAUCUGCCCCUCGAGGAGAAGGUUCUGGUUGACAAGAAUCACAACACUUGGAAUCGUGGCUACGAAUUGCUCCGAUCGCAGAUGCUCGAAGUCGGCACCGGGCCCGAAUUGAAGGAGGGAUACUACGUGGGCGAGGAGAUCUCCCAGGACCAUCCCUAUUUCGUGCAGAAGAAGCUCAACAGCGGUCCCAACCAGUGGCCGCCCACCGUCCCGGACAAAGAGGAGUUCGAGCGCACGACCAUGGAAUACUACCACGCGGUGUUUGAUCUGGCCAAGGACGUGCUGGGCGCAUUGGCGCUGACGCUCGACGUGUCGGAAGACUACUUUGAUCCCUUGACCGAUGGGGCGGUCGCCACGAUGCGAUAUUUGCACUACCCGGCCCAGCCGAAGGACGCGGACGAGAAGCUGAACCGGGGGAUUGGCGCACACACCGACUUUGGUUGUAUUACACUCUUGCUGCAGGACGAGGUGGACGGGCUGCAAGUCUUGGACGCGCCGACCGGCGAAUGGCUGGAUGUCGAGCCCGUGCCCGGAGCCUACGUCGUCAACCUGGGUAACCUGUUCAUGCGCAUGGCCAACGAUCAGUACACAUCCAACAUCCACCGGGUAAUCAACAAGUCCGGUAAGGAGCGGUACAGCAUCCCGUUCUUCUUCAGCGGGAACCCGGAUUACCUGUGCGAGUGUCUGCCCAACUGCCGGCAGCCGGGCGAGGACCCCAAGUACCCGCCGAUCACGGUCGAGGAGAUGGUGACGGCGUCAUACAAGGAGAGUUACGGGCGAGCGGAGAAGUACAAGCAGGAGAUGAAGGCGAAGAUGGAGUCGUCGACGCUCCAAGACGUGAUACGUGAUCAUACGGUCGUUUAUCCCGAGACGUCUGAAGACAGCAUCAUGGACGACGUCCAACGAACCCCUCCCGAGAACGAGAGCCAAAGCGUGAUCUUCGACGACCCCGACGUGCAGCAGUUCUACGGCACGUCCACGACGGAGGCGUACCGCCUGAAGUCCGAACUCGUCGGGCGAUGCAUGGAGGAGAUAGGGAUGGGGCGCUUCCAAUGGAAACUCUUCGUCGUCACUGGAUUUGGAUGGAUAGUGGAUAAUUUCGCAUCCCAAGGCAUCAGCGCCGUGCAGCCACCCAUCGAGCUCGAAUUCCCCGGUAUCGUGCAGGUCAGCUACAGCUCCGUCGCCUACUACAUCGGCCUGAUCCUGGGGGCAUCCUUCUGGGGUAUCUCCAGCGAUCUCAUCGGCCGUAAGCCCGCAUUCAACUGCACGUUGCUCAUCGCGGGGAUCUUCCUGUGUGGUGCAGCGGGGACGAUGAACUUCGUGGGGUUCAGCGCGAUGUGGGCGAUGGUGGGCACGGCGGCCGGGGGGAAUGUGCCGGUGGAUAGUAUGAUAUUUCUGGAGUUUGUGCCGGGGAGUCAUCAAUGGCUGCUGACUGCGCUCUCUGCGUGGUGGAAUCUGGGCCAGCUGAUAGUCUCGCUGGUGGCGUGGGUGUUUCUGGCGAAUUUCAGCUGUGCGGCGGAUUCGACGCCGGAAACGUGUCGUCGGGGGGAUAAUAUGGGGUGGAGGUACACCCUGAUAACCCUGGGCAGUCUCUCGCUCGCCUUCACCCUCAUCCGCACCUUCGUCUUUAAACUCCCCGAAACACCCCGAUACCUCCUCUCCAAGGGCCGCGACCAAGCCGCCGUGGACGCCGUCAACCACGUCGCAAAGGAGAACGGCAAGCCGCCCCCGUUGACCCUGAGCAUGCUGCAGGACAUCGACGCCCGACUGGGCAUCCCGUCCACGACGUCGUCCGCCCUCUCGACGACCGAGAUCCUCCGCGAGAACAUGAAAGACUUCAAGGGCGAGCAUUAUCGCGCGCUCUUCGCCACCAAACCAUUGACCAGACACACUGUGCUCAUCUGGGGGAUAUGGUUGACCAUCGGAAUCGCCUACCCCCUCUACUUCAACUUCCUCCCCUCCUACCUGGCCACGAAAUUCACCUCAUCGGCUAGCCUAACAACCACCUACCGCAACUACUGCAUCGAAUCCGCCGUCGGCGUCGUCGGGCCCCUGUCCGCGGCAUACCUGGUCACCACGAUCUUCGGCCGACGAUGGAUGAUGGGCCUCUCGUCCAUCAUCACGGGGGUGUUCCUGUUCGCCUACGUGGGCGUCAGCAACCCCACUUCCUCGUUGGCGUUCGCGUGCGUCACGGGCAUGUUGGGGAAUUUUGAGUAUGCAAUCAUGUACGCCUUCACCCCGGAAUCCUUCCCUGCGCCGCACCGCGGCACCGGCACCGGCACGGCGGCAAGCCUGCUGCGGUUCGGCGGGCUGUGCGCCAGCCUCAUCGCCUCGCAGACGGGCUUCACCACCGCGCCCAUCUAUGCCUCGGCGGCGCUGUGGGUGGUGGUCGGGGUCGUGUGUUGGGGCUUGCCGUUUGAGACGGCGGGGCAUGGGUCUAUUUAG